UGCAGAUAUAUACUUAGCGACGUGCAUAUCUCCAUCAGUCUUGCCCAAAUUUAUCUCGAUCUCACGUGCUCCUAGCUAAUUUCAUCUCCCACGCCGAACGGAAACACAUCCUCUUGGGCGCGCGCGCUGCGAGAGACGUCGCGCGCCAUGGCGAGAUCACUCCUGCUCCUCGUCCUCCUCCUCGCCAGCGUGCUCGCGGCCGCCGUGUCCGCCUCCUCGUCGGAGGAGUCGUCGUCCAAGCCGAGCAUCCUGAUUCCCGUGGCGGACACCCCGCUCGGCUCGUACGAGGGCGCCGACGGGCCCAUCGCCGACGACGCCCUGGAGGACAUGGAAGCUGCGCCCUUGGGCUCGCCCAUCGGCACCACCAUGACCGAACCUGAGCCGGAGCUCCCGGCCAACGCGCCCCCUAGCUCCGCUGGUGCCACCGCUUCUUCUACACCCACGACCCUACUUGCCGCCGCUGUCAUGGCCGCUGUCGCCGGCGUCUUUGCAUUCUAAAUGUGUGUGUGUCCGUGAGAUGGCAUGCAUCUAAAUGGAAAUUAAACCGUAGUGUGAGUGUGCAUGCGCGGUUAAAAAGGAUUCGAAUUUAUGCUGACAUUUCUGUAGCUUUAUUAUAUGCAUGUCCUCUGUUUUUUUUUUCCUUUUUAGUUACCUUAGCUGAAGAAUGCAUGAUGUGCUGGGAAUGUAUUAUGUGUGCAUGCAAGUUUUGACUAAUACAUCGUGCCCGCCAACUGAUAA